AUCCCUCUCUUUUCCUCGACGUGCUGAUUCUUUCAGAAGACCGUCAAUUUUUCAAUCAUGUCGCUAAAAAGCACGAUGUUCACUUUCCACGACUCACUUCCGCGUCCAUCGCAACACAUCAAAUAUUCUUGAUAAAAAAAAAAGAAAAACAAAAACCUCGCCGCGUGUGUCGGUGCUCUUUAGGGAUUCCAAGCUCGUCGAGGUUCGUCGAGUACGUGACGUCGCUCAAUCGUUGCGGAGUUUCGCUUGCAACGAUGAACCAAUCGUUGCAGCGGCCAGUUCCCACCAGACAGUCGCCUGGAAUCAUUCACAGACGCUUCUUCGCGCGCUACCGUGGUCAAGGUGGAGCUCCUGACGGGUACGAGAUGACGGUCGUCAACCGGAGCGGUUAUCCGCCAAUUUGGACGAUUCUUAUAAUUCUCCUCGUGGUUUGCGAGUCUGCCAUGUCCGCGAGCACGCAGACCUUCGUCGUGAGCAACACGUUGGACGACCAGCUCGGUAAAGACUACUUCGUGGGACCGUGUCUGGUAAACACCAAUCAAACCUGUCCUGACGAGGAAGUGACGUUCUACCUUUACACAAGAUUCAAUCCGGAAGAGGGACAACAACUUCUAGUGAACGCUACGAGCUCGAAUCUUGCCGAUACCAAUUUCGUGGCAGCAGCGCCCACGAAGAUUAUCGUUCACGGAUACAAUUCGGACAUGCAACUGGGAUAUCUGGUGGAUAUCAGAAACGAGUACUUAAAGAGAGGCAAAUAUAAUCUCAUAGCGGUCGACUGGCAUCGUCUGGCGACGGCGCCGUGUUAUCCCAUGGCCGUUCACAACGUGCCUCACGUGGGCGAUUGUCUGGCGCAGCUGGUCGAUCGUCUCAGAGACUACGGUGCCGCGGAUAUCCAUAUAAUCGGUUUCAGCCUUGGCGCACACGUGCCAGCAUUCGCGGCCAAUGUGCUGCGUCCGUAUCGGUUGCCAAGGAUCACCGGCCUCGAUCCGGCAAUGCCGCUCUUCAUCACCGUUAAUAAGGAUGAGAAACUCGACUCGAGCGACGCCGAAUUUGUCGACGUGCUGCACACGAACGCCUUUAUUCAGGGCAAGAUCGAACCGAGCGGCCACAUCGACUUUUACAUGAACGGUGGAGUCAACCAGCCUGGAUGCUGGGAGCAUGGAAAUCCAUUCGGAUGUAACCAUCACAGAGCGGCCGAGUAUUUCGCCGAGUCGAUCAACUCGAAGAUCGGUUUCUGGGGCUGGCCCUGUUACGGAUUCGUGUCUUAUCUGCUGGGUCUCUGCCCGCCAAAACAUCCUGCGGUGCUGAUGGGCGAGGAUGUCAACAAGAGAUAUCGGGGUUUUCAUCUGGUGAAGACGAAGGCGCAGAGCCCGUUCGCGGAGGGGAUAUUCACGGUAGAGGAUCUUUACCAGCAGGAUCUUUAUCAGUGAUUGCAUGCGAGCAAUGUCGACGGUUCUUCCUCGUGGAAAAUGUUACGACGAGACCGCGAGAGAUCCCGUAUGCAUUGAUGAAACGCGAGGAAAGGGGCGUGAAAAUGUAAGACUCUUCAUAUUAAGACGACGUCGCGUGUCGGGAAGAUUGAGAUAUCUCGGUGAUGUCAAGUACUUUGUCGAGAGAAUAUUGUAAGUGAUCCAACAUAAUUUUGAAGCGAGCUCUGAAUAUAUAGAAUACGUAUAUGUUCAAAAUUCAUUUUGAGAAAGAUAUUUAAAUUAUUACAUAGUUACAUAUAUGUCCAAAAUUUUAAGUGGUUAGGUAAUUUCUCUCAGUUAAUUCACUUUUAAAAAUAGCGAGUGAUGAUGAUUUAUUACAAGUAGACUUUAAUAUUUGGUUCAAUGAUUUUUUUAUGACUUAUCCAAGAGGAAUGUGACAGAAUGCUAAAGACGGUUACGGACUUUGUUGCGAGUUUUAUUAUUGUAGUCUCUUUAGAUUAAAUGAAUGAAAUCGACGAGUAUUGAGCAAAAAAGUCUCAGGAGACCUUUCUUUGUCGAUUUAGGAAUAUGUUACACAGUCUCGCGAAUCUGAUGCUGCGCGAGAAGGUCUAGUAUGUCAAGGUCAGACAACUGCCGAGACCUGCUAAUCGAUAUCUCACCAAACCGGAGAAAUGGGGCGGACACGACUGCGACAUAUUCGCAAACCAAACAAUUUCUUGUCGAUCUCACGUCCUACGAUGUUCAAAUAAAAAGUACUUAUAACCGCAUCUAUCCGUCUAUCUGUCAAUCUAUCUAUCUAUCCAUUUAUCCGCCUAUAUAAACUGUUUCUCUCUUUUGACAUAUAAUAUUUUCACGGUAUUGUCGAGCUUCAAUAUUGCCAAAUUUGCAGGUUUCCCUAAUAAAAUCUUGCCCCUUUUUAUAUACAUUAUUUCAUAAUUAUUUCUCAAUAAUUGGUAGAUGCAUGUCUUUUACAUCAUAAGAUAUAUAUGUAUUUGAUAUAUCUAAUAUUAUUACCACAUUACAUAAUACAUGGAUCUUGAAAUUAAAUGUGGAUAUACGGAUAGUAACGCGAUAUAUUGCGCAGAAUUUUUUGUGCGAAUCUUUUGUAAUCUUAUCUCUUUAUUUGUACGUUCCUCGUCGAGAAUGUAUCAGAGUAUUCGACAUAAAGGAAAUAGUGCUAUACGGGAAGACCGGAAGCCUUAUGGACUGAUUCUGUUAGUUAGUUUCUCGAGAAUCGAUCUCAGGAGAAUGAGACUUAUUAUCUGUGUAUACUAUGAAAGAGACAAUUCCUGAGAGAGUUAAAUAUAUCACACAAAUAGUUUCUCGAUUAUUUUUACCUUAGUUUCAUUUUUACAGAGGUAUAUUUGUUAUAUUUUUGUUAAAUUUUUCGAUAUAAAUAUACAAGUCAAUAUUUAAUUAUUUUUGGCCAGUUAAUGCAUUAUUUAUAAGAUAUUUAUUUGAUAUUUAUAAUCACAUGAUGAUGCCAUAAUUAAUAUUUAAUAUUAUUUUUAUUUUGGCGAAAAUAACUUUUAGAAGAUAAAGAAAAUUUUAUUAAUUAUAAUCUCACUAGUUUAGACUAUUGAAUUAUUUGAAGAUGUUAUUCGAAUAACUUUACUUUUAAAUAUUUUAUUACAUUUGAUAUAUAUUUUGUGAAUAUCAAAAUUGACACGAGAUAUUAAAUGAGUGAAAAUUUGUUUAAACAACUUCUUAUUUUGGCGUUUUAUAUUUUGCUAAAAUUCUAUAAACAGAUAUCCUUUGUAAGUACAAACCUUUAAGUUAACGAAUCUCAAUAUGUAUGCCCGUUAUAAGAAUGUAUGCUUUUAAUAGCAAGCAUAUAAAUCUAAGCAUUACACAUACAUGUAUAUACACAUCCAAUUAUAUACAUAUAUCCAAUAAAAAAUAAAUAAAAUCUCAUCAAAUU